UGAUCACAGGUUAGCCUUCUUCUUCGCGAGGCAACGAUUGUCAUAUAACCGUUUUAUAUAAGCAGAGAAUUCCCACUCGACCUUUUCAGUUCUCUUUCAACUUCUAGUGAGAGAAAGUGAAAUAUAGAGAGAGAGAAUGGGGAAGGCCAUGGCCGCUUCGCUUCUACUGUUGCUAUUCUUGAUCAUACAUACAAACGCUGGAGAAGCUUUCGACGUUCGUCAACAUCUCUCAACUGUAACAAGUUAUGAUGCAGUGAAAGACAAUUCUGAGAAUUCAUUUGUACCUUCUAACAUUCCAGAUAACUGUACCCCUAUCCAUUUAAAUCUUCUGGCAAGGCAUGGAACUCGAGCGCCUACCAAGAAAAAAAUGAGAGAAUUAAACAAUUUGGCCGCUCGCUUGGAAGUACUUCUACAAGAUGCAGAAGAACAAAAGUUGUCUUUGCAGAAAAUUCCUGCUGGGUUACGGGGAUGGAAAUCUCCAUGGAAAGGGAAGUUCAAGGGUGGAGAAUUGAUUAGCAAAGGAGAAGAUGAACUGUAUAAUCUUGGGAUCAGAAUCAGAAAAAGAUUUCCAGAACUGUUUGGUGAGGAUUACCACCCGGAUGUAUAUCCAAUAAAGACAACACAGAUUCCUCGGGCAUCUGCUAGUGCCGUAGCAUUUGGCAUGGGGCUAUUUAGUGGUAGAGGAAAUCUUGGACCAGGACGUCAUCGAGCUUUUGCAGUUACCAGUGAAAGUCGUGCAAGUGAUCUAAAGCUGAGAUUCCAUGAUUGUUGUCAAAACUACAAGAAUUUUAGGAAAAGUCAAGAGCCUGCUGUUGAUAAGCUCAAGGAACCUACAUUGGAUGAAAUUACUCGUGCAUUAGUGAGGCGUUAUGAGCUGAAUUUCACAAGGGAGGAUAUUUCUUCUCUCUGGUAUCUGUGCAAGCUGGAAGCAUCGUUGUUGAACAUAACUGAUCAAGCUUGUACUUUAUUUACUCCUUCUGAGGUUGCUUUGCUGGAGUGGAUGGAUGAUUUGGAGUUGUUCAUAUUGAAGGGUUAUGGUAAUUCAUUAAACUACCGAAUGGGAGUACCUUUACUUGAAGACGUAGUUCAGUCCAUGGAGGAAGCAAUUAAGUAUAAAGAAGAAGCACAUGCUCCUGGCACUUACGAAAAGGCUAGACUGAGGAUUGCCCAUGCAGAGACACUUCUUCCAUUCUCAUGUUUAAUUGGACUCUUUCUUGAAGGACCUGAGUUUGAAAAAAUACAAAGAGAAGAACCCUUGGAACUCCCUCCAAAGCCACCUCAGAAAAGAAAUUGGAGGGGCAGCACGGUGACGCCUUUUGCUGGGAAUAACAUGCUGGUUCUAUACAGCUGUCCUGCUAACAAUUCAAGCAAAUACUUUGUGCAUGUACUGCACAAUGAACAUCCCAUCCCGAUGGCAGGUUGUGAUAAUUCUGAUUUCUGUCCAUUUGAAGUUUUCAAGGAAAGAAUAGUGGCUCCUCAUUUAAAGCACAACUACAAUGUGCUCUGUGAUGUGAAGUUGGAACAACCUGAACACAAGCCUGUAACCAGCAAGUUAUCACAAAUAUUUAGCUGGCUCUUCUCGAGGGAUUGUAAUCCACCGUCCCAAAAAGUUGAGUUAUAGUUUCUGUUUCAAAGAAUCAAGGGAGUAAUUCUUAAAAAAAAUUCUCCCUUGUCAACGACGAUGCUUUCUUAGCUUGAGUUUCAGCCACAGGCCAGCACUUUUAGAAAUUCCUGGGCAUGUGAGGAUGGGUACGCAGAUCAUUUAAAUGCUUUUUCUUGUAUGUUACUAUGUAUGUAGAUGACAGUUUACAUGUCUCUGUUUCUGUUUUACCCAAUUUAACUGCCUCUUGAUUUGACAUGUUCAUAGAGAAACUUGUUGCCGAAUUUGAAGUAACGGAAAGUAGAAUAUAAAAAUCUGCUGCAAUGUGCUGUUGUCUGUUGAUACUUUUGUACAACCAGCUAAAGUGCAGCUUCUGAUAGACUACUUGAUAGUUUUAUUGAUCGUUA